AUGAUCAGUGUACCGAUAGACCGACACCGAGAUGAUGCCUAUCGCGAUGAGGACGAGCAGGAAGCAGCCGAAGCUGAGCGACUUGAAGAGAUAGAGUAUCAGCAAGGCCUUGAGCAGAGACUCGAUGACCCAAGAGAAGACCUCAAAUUCGCACUUCAUCACCUCGCAACCCCGAUUGAAGUAUUCAGAGAGCAAGAUAUCGCCUACUACCACGUCAAGCCGGCAUUCCCCUUUAUGGAUCUACCGGCCGAGCUCCGCGAGCGCAUCUACAAGAUGACCUUACGUCUCCCCGCAAGCGGUGUGCAAGUCAUACCACCCGAGAACGGCUACCAGACGCGUAUGCGAGUCUUCACGCGCAAUCACGAGAGCCAGAACACCGUCGACCUUGCCCUUACCGAUCGCAGACGACGCAACACCCUCACCACCUUCACCAUCCGAGCGUUCUUAGGUCUGCUACUCACAUGUAGGAAGAUCUACGAAGAAGCAAUGUCGCUCUUUUACAAAGACAAUAACUUCGUCUUCUUUGGCCUUUUCGCGCUGAGCCGUGGUCUAAGGGCUCUCGCGCCAACCCGUCGGAACCACAUCGAGCACGUCUCGCUCAACUGGUGUGCGGAUCUUUACUACAGUUCCGGCGACGGAGAGAAUGCACUCAAGAUCCUGAGUCAGAUGCCAUACCUCCGUCGUCUCGAUGUCCAAGUCUCUGAGUCGGACUGGACCAGCUACUUCUCGAAGAUCGACAACAAGCCAUUCACUGUCACACGCAUUCCAGGCUUUACCGCCAUGCAGAAGAUUCGAGGACUCAAGACUGUCAAGUUCUACGGCGACUGCGAUGGGGUCAAGAGUGUGCUCGAACCACUGCUGAUGCAGCCUCUUGCGGAGACUGCUGAGAAGAAGCGUAAGGCAGCGAUGGAACCUAAGCAGGAGGCCACCAAGGUUGGUCGAAAGCGUAAGGUGGAGGUAGAGGUGCACGAGGCGGUUGAUGUGGAUGCACCGAGCAAAACGAGAAGCAUGGCACGCGGUCUCAACGCGAAGGGUGCGUAG